UCAUGGAAAACCCAUUUUGACGACCUUAACCAAUCCAUUUUCAUAACAAAAAUUCGAGGAAAAUCACAUUUUUAUUUUUCUCUCUUCGAUUUCUCCAACCUUUCCACAAAUCACUCGCUCGAAUCAAACCAAAACAAUUGUAGCCCUCAAACUGCUUGCUGUAGAUCUGUACAAAAACUCCCAAGCAUUUUUCUUUCUCCAAAUUUCGAUAGAAAACCGUCUCCUACCCAUUUUUUUGGGUCCCUGUAUGAUACCCUAAGAAAUUUCAGAUUUUUCUUCCCAGAUUUUGUUAGUUUAGGCCGCAAUCGCAACCCCAUUUCUUGAAAUCAUCGUUCGCGGGGUUUGGCUCUAGUUCCCAAUUCAGCGACCCAGUAGAAACCCUAGCUUCUUACUAGUAGAUAGCUUCUUGUACAUUGUUUUUGGGUAGAAAUUUUUUGUGGGUUUUUUGUUUUGAAUAGGUAGGAUGAACAAUAGAGCGAGAUACCCACCUGGGAUCGGUCUAGGACGAGGUAAUGGAGGUUUGAACUCGAACCCUGGGUUUCAACCAAGGCCACAUCAACAUCAGUAUGUGCAGAGGCACAUGGUGCAUCCUCAGCAGUAUCAGCAGCAUCAACAGAAUCAGCAACAUCAGCAUCAGCAACAGCAGCAGCAACAGCAACAACAACAACAACAGUGGUUGAGAAGAACCCAAUUGGGGGGUACUGACACCAACGUUGUUGAGGAGGUUGAGAAGACUGUACAGUCUGAAGCCGUCGACCCAAGGUGUUCACAAGAUUGGAAGGCAAGACUAAAGAUUCCACCAGCUGAUACACGCUAUAAGACUGAGGAUGUAACAGCAACGAAAGGAAAUGAAUUUGAGGAUUACUUUUUGAAGCGUGAGCUGCUGAUGGGAAUAUAUGAGAAGGGUUUUGAGAGGCCUUCUCCUAUCCAAGAAGAAAGCAUUCCAAUUGCUCUUACUGGUAGUGACAUUCUUGCUAGGGCCAAAAAUGGAACUGGCAAAACAGCUGCAUUUUGCAUUCCUGCAUUGGAAAAAAUUGAUCAGGAUGAUAAUGUUAUUCAAGUUGUUAUCCUGGUCCCAACACGAGAAUUAGCUUUGCAAACAUCUCAAGUGUGUAAAGAGCUCGGAAAACAUUUGAAAAUUCAAGUUAUGGUUACAACAGGUGGUACUAGCCUGAAAGAUGAUAUUAUGCGUUUAUAUCAGCCAGUUCAUUUGCUAGUUGGAACUCCAGGAAGAAUAUUAGAUCUUGCAAACAAGGGUGUAUGCGUUCUAAAAGAUUGCUCUAUGCUUGUAAUGGACGAGGCUGAUAAGCUUCUCUCCCCAGAGUUCCAACCUUCUAUAGAGCAUCUGAUUCAAUUUCUUCCUUCAAACCGUCAAAUUCUGAUGUUUUCAGCUACAUUUCCUGUUACCGUAAAGGACUUCAAGGAUAGAUAUCUUCGUAGGUCGUAUGUCAUUAAUCUUAUGGAUGAGCUAACUCUGAAGGGUAUUACACAAUUUUAUGCAUUUGUGGAAGAGAGGCAGAAAGUCCACUGCCUGAAUACCCUUUUCUCUAAGCUGCAAAUAAACCAGUCAAUCAUCUUCUGCAAUUCUGUGAAUCGGGUUGAACUCCUUGCUAAGAAAAUCACAGAACUUGGGUAUUCAUGUUUCUAUAUUCAUGCAAAGAUGUUGCAAGACCACCGUAAUAGAGUAUUUCAUGACUUCCGCAAUGGUGCAUGCAGGAAUUUAGUUUGUACUGAUCUUUUCACUAGGGGAAUAGACAUCCAAGCAGUCAAUGUCGUUAUUAAUUUUGAUUUCCCCAAGAACUCAGAAACUUAUCUGCACAGGGUUGGUCGUUCAGGGAGGUUUGGGCACCUUGGUUUAGCAGUGAACUUGAUCACUUAUGAGGAUCGCUUCAAUUUAUAUAGAAUUGAACAAGAACUUGGCACUGAAAUAAAACAAAUUCCGCCACACAUUGAUCAGGGAAUAUAUUGCCGGUGACUGGUGGUAAAUAAGGGGUUGUAUUCACAACCGUGGUGGAUAGCAAUGGUUGAUGUGGCUGUCAUUGCAGUUGCUAAUGAAUGUUCUGCACUAUGAAAAAUGGGGUAUUGUCAGACCCUUUUUGAUUGUUUUUUAAUUAAUUUCUGCAUUUAUAAGGACCUUCAGAAAGUUGAAUACUGGCUUUUAAGUACCAGAUAGAUGCUGGGUCCAGUUUGGGUUUCCAUGGAUUACAUUUGCAGAUGUGUUUGUUACUAACUGAUUUUACUCUCUAUUUUUCCAUUUCGUUGGUAAUCCUUGAACUGUUUAGGAAUGUGCCUUGAUAUGAAGAUGUCCCUUCCUAUCCUAUUAUGCUAUUUGAUUUGCCAUGUUGGUUCCCUUAAAAUUAUUAUUUUUAGUCAGUUAUAGGAAUUUUCACAUCUAAAAGGGGGUGAACCAGAGCAGUGCUAAAGUUUUCUUUCAUGACCAAAAAAGGUCAUAGGUUCGAAUCCAGGAAACAGCCUCUUUGCAUUUAUGCAAGGGUAAGGCUGCGUACAAGGAUUACCUCCACUCCACGUUCACUAGUCGGGUUUAACGGGGAGUGGUUCUUAUAGGAAUUUCCACAUCUGCUGCUCAAAUUAUAUUACAUGGUACUCGGUUAUCCUUUUGGCAAUUUAUUUUUUAUAUGAUCAUUGCCAGUUGAAGGGCCUGCCAAGUCAUUUUUGCAAAUGUUGAUUGCGUGAGGGUUAGCCGUAGCAGCAGUGGUUUAUUAUUAGUAGCUUUCGAAAUUCAUGGAUGUGUUUUGGUACUCCACAAGCAACUUUGGACCUUGGUUAUGAUGUAGCACAUUUCCAUUUGUCUAAUACUUGAGUUUGUUCACAAUUUAUUAGUGGCAUUGCAUAUUAUGCACGUUUUAAUGUUUAGGCAUUCCAUUUCCUUGUAGGCAAGUUUUGCAAAGUGAUAUUCUGAAAAAAAAUUAAUAGAAUGGUGUGUAAUGUUUCUUUUCAUGCAAUAAAAAUG